UAUUUUUUGUCUAGUAACAUCAAACAAAUUAUGUCUUACCCACAACCAAAUCAGGGACAGUAUCCUACGCCUUACAACGGCAAUAAUCCACCUGCACCAGGCCAAGGUUAUGGCCCUCCUUCUGCUCCUGGAUAUGGUCCACCUCCUCCAGGAUAUGGCCAUCAACCUCAGGGCUUUCAGCAUGUUCCCCAGUAUCCUCCUGGCCAAGGACAGUACCCACCAGGGCAUGGUGGGCAUUAUGGUGGGCCAGUGACCAACCAACCAAUGGGACAACCAAAUGGUGGUUGGAUGAAUAUGCCUCAAGGCAUACCCAGUUGCCCGCCUGGCUUGGAAUACCUAACUAUGAUUGAUCAACUUCUAGUGCACCAGAAAGUCGAAAUUCUUGAAGCUUUAACUGGAUUCGAAACGAAAAACAAAUUUACCGUCAAAAAUAGCUUAGGUCAAAAAGUAUAUUACGCUGUUGAGGACAGUGACUGUUUGACAAGGAACUGUUGUGGUCCCCUAAGGCCAUUUGAUAUGAAAAUUUUGGACAACUAUAGCCAUGAAGUCAUUCAUCUCCAGAGGCCUUUAGCUUGUGAUUCUUGUUGUUUUCCAUGUUGCUUACAGAGCAUGGAAGUCUCGUCGCCUCCUGGAACAAUAGUGGGCACAGUCGAACAAGAGUGGAGCAUAUUUUGUCCCACAUUUGCGAUCAAAAACUCUAGUGGGGACACGGUACUCAGAAUCGAAGGUCCUUUGUGCACGUGGAGCAUCUGUGGUGAUGUUGAAUUCAAAAUAAUGUCUGGCGAUGGGAAUGUCCAAGUAGGAAAAAUUUCCAAACAGUGGUCUGGGUUGGUCAGAGAAAUGUUUACUGAUACAGAUUACUUUGGAAUCACUUUCCCUAUGGACCUGGACGUCAAAAUGAAGGCUGUUAUGUUGGGAGCAUGUUUUUUAAUUGAUGCUAUGUUCUUUGAAAAAUCAGGCAACCAAAAUUGAUCCAGUGUUAUUUGAAUUUAUGGCAGGUGGUAAAUAACUCUUUCCAGUACCUACUCAAUUACUUUUGGCAUAUUAUGUUGUUUCAACCAUUGUCAGUACACUGAUUACCCUUUGAUUUGAUGACAUCAUCGAAAUUUUGAGUAUGGUACACCAUACACACACAGUGUGUUCCGUUAUCGAUGCUUUUGAGUGAUAUCAGAGUUAUCUUGGGGAUACAGCCUUGCGGUUUUCGCGGGCCUGUGCCACUUUUUUGUGAAACUCAAGAUGGCCCCCCUCUAUAUCUACGAAGUUUCUAAGCGAAAAUGGCAAAUUAAAAUCUCAAACUUAUGAUUUUUUAAAUGAUUUAUAAUCUAUAAAAUCACUAAAACAUUGAAUUAAUAGUUGGCUAUGGAUUUUUCAUAUAAAAAAGUUAUAAUUGAAGGAAUAUUUCUUUUGAUUUUUCCAUGGAGAGGACAAAACAAUAUCAACACUAAUUAACUAACAAAACGAAAAACGUAGGUACCUGCUAGCAAAAAAUAAAUAAAAAGUUCAU